GGCACUGUCUCAGGAUUUUCAGGCGUGGCAUCGAAACUCGAGUGACUACCGCAUAGACAAUCCGCACUACAAUACCAACGCCGAAUGCGGUGUUACCGGUUACUACAACGAUAGAACAAAUAGACUGAUCCCCGAUGGUGACACUUUAUUACCAGGCCAGUGGCCGUGGGUGGUUGCAGUCUACCUUAAUACCAAAGAAGGGUUUCUGAGAACAUACAAGUUUCAAUGCAGUGGUUCUCUUUUGUCAAACAGACAUGUAUUAACAGCGGGGUACUGUAUGAAAUUAAACGUGCUGUUCGCUAACGAAACAGUACCUGUUGACAUAUUGAAAGUGGUUCCGGGGCGAUUUAACUUGGACCCAUUGCGCGGAGUCGAUCAGCCAAUCGGAAAGUCGCGAUUCGUGAUUCACCCGAAUUAUGUGCACUAUCUCAAAGCUACUUCCGAUCUCGCGAUUUUGACCCUCCAGAACGUCGUCGAGUUCAAUCCUUUCAUCAGGCCUAUUUGUCUAUGGUCCGGCUCAACCAACCUUGAAGACGUCAUUAGUAGGACAGGAUAUGCCGUAGGAUGGGAUGGAGACAAGCUUAAUCGUCGUGACGUUGACGAUCAACGGAUGGUGAGGGCGACGAUAAUGAGUCAAGUAAGGAGUUAA